CUUGUGUUACUUUGAGUUUUGAGUGAGAGUUGAGUUGAGGAAUAAGGAUUGAGGAGGAGGGUGUUCCAUCCCACAAUAAUACAGUACGAAGGGGAAGGAUACAUAGUUAACAAACAAUAAACCCUAAUCAUGGUAAAAAAGUGAAGGUUGUCAUUUUCAUUUAGAUUGUGUUGUGGCUGGUGAAUAAUUGUGACUUAAACUUUAAUAUUACGAUUUAUCCAAAGAAUGUCAUAGCGAAAAGACAUAAUGGAGAUUUGCGACAUGCUCAAAGAAGAAGGAUGGCAUCUGUCCAAUGAUGCUAUCCAGCGAAUAUCAGAGAAUGGAACAAUCACGAACAUUCGCACUCUGCACAAUAAGAUUCUAGAUCUGGACCUAAGAGAGAUAUCAGUGCCAUUUUUCCCAGAUGAUAUUGCGAAGGGAAAACUGGAUUCUGUGCCUGGGAACGUGAUAGUGCAAGUACAGAAGGUCAGGAAUAUUUCCGCACCGAAGGCCAAUGAGGAUUCCCAAGCUGCACCUCGUAUGUUGAAGAUUCUGCUCACUGACGGACAUACUACUUGCUACGGCAUUGAGGUGGAGCACAUUACUUCCCUCAGCCUCAACACAGUUCCUGGUACCAAGGUGAUGUUGAAGGGAGAGUCACUGAUGAUGUCUCAUGGUCUGAUGCUACUCAAGCCUUCCGUAGUGUCUGUGUUGGGUGGACGUGUCACUGCGCUCAUAGACAAGUGGGAACUCAACAGGAGUUUAGCCAAGCACACCAGAGGUCGUAUUGGGGAAGAAGGUGGACCUCCCCCUUGGAUACCGUUUGGCCAGAAGAUCCUUAGACCUAACCUGCAGGAUAAGAAUUUCAAGUCGCUGGUAGAUCUUGGUGGCAAGGAGAACGCAGAGUUUGAGGCUCAGAGGCAAGGUGCCAUAGCGGAGGCAGCUCGGGGAGGUGCUCGUAAAGUGUUUGGAGGCGGCACCAAGCCUAUCGUCGAUCGCAAUGUCAGGACCAUCAUGGACUACGGAUACUCUCAGGACCAGGCAGAACAGGCUCUACGACAAACUAGGAACAAUGUCGACCGAGCACUGCAGAAUCUCCAGAGGAGGUCAGGCAGUGGAAGAGAAGGAGGCAAGGGUGUAGGGGGAGGCAGAGAGGAUGGGAGAGAGGAGAGGAGAGGGGAGAGAGGAGGCAGGCGGAGAGGUGAUAGAGAUGAGGAGGGUGGAGGAGGACCCAAACCUUCCGGACAAGUAUCACUGUUUGCCUUCUUAGAAGAUAAACUACCUACUUCCACAGAGAAGGAAGAAAAGGAGAAUGAGAACCACCCGGUGUCAGGAGGAUACAGUCACUCUAACAACCAAAGAUACAACAACUCGUACCAAAAGGGUCGGUCAGAACGAGGCGCCAAAGGCCGAGGUCACUACAAUGGUCCUUCGGAGUCUAGGAACCGAGAUGAGCGCAGUAGACCGAACAACCCGCCUGUACAGAACCAGAAACCUCCUAGGUUUCAAAACCAGCAGCAAAGACACAACGAGUCGUAUCAGAGCUGGAACUAUAGCGAUUACAACUACGACGACAGGAACAACUUCAACAACCGGUUGGCCCGAGGCUACGAGGAUAUGAGCGGAGACAAUUACAACAGAAGAGCGCCUGCAAUGCCUCCGACAUACGAGCCUUCCCAUGACUACAGCCGAGGUGGCAAUCGUCGCUACGACAUGCACUCCAGUAACGGUUCGACAUACAAGGGCUCUCAAGCGCGUCAAAUGAUGGAAGCAGGAAUGCCGGAGAUUCCAGAGUUUCCGUUCAAGGACGCCUCCUCCUUGCCACCUCUCCUCUCAAACAAUACUCCUAGUUACUUCCACAACACUCCCCCGCCCACAAUUCCACCCCCGCCUCCAGGACUGGGCACCAAUGGGGAAACUCCCGCCUGGGUAUGGAAGAUCGGGGACAAGUGUAUGGCCAAGUACUGGGAGGAUAACAUGUAUUAUAACGCAGAAGUGACUGGUUUAUCUAAGAAGACGUGUGUGGUUAAGUUUUUAGAAUAUGGAAAUUUUGAGGAAGUCCUCCAAGCAGACUGUAUACCUGCAACUGAGGAACCCUUGAGCCACUCUAACCAACACAGCAAUGCAAACUCAACUCUUAAUAGUAAUAAUAACCAUUUUUCUGGAAUUCUCGAGUUCCGGCGAGGUGGAACGCGUCCAUACAUCAAGUCGGUGGACAGCAGCCAUCGUAAGGCGCAGCGCAAUUCACAACAGAUGUAUGUUCCUCCCGCACAACGUAAAGACUAAUGUAUAUAGUCGUGUUGUACGAAACGCAUUACAAACACGAUAAUGUCACAUCAACACUUUCCUUACAGUCUUUUUUGGUCAGUAAUUAUUUGGAAAACCAAAGUUUGGCCAAAAGAAACAGUUAUGAAUCUGUAAUAUUCUGUUUAUUCUAUUUUUGAGAAUACAUUGAAUCGUAUGUGAUCACAGUAAGAGUGUAUAAAACUGGAGAGUGUGUUGCUUUUGUUAUCUUCUCAAAGUUAAAAAUCCACACAACUUUCACUUGAAGACACUGGACAAGAAUAAUAUCCCUUUAAUGAAAACAGCUGGUCUUAGUCUGUAACAAAGGUACACGUGGCACGUCACUUCACUAUACCAUCAUACUUCUCUCAUAUUUGGGUAAAAAAUACACACCUAGGUGGCGUCCCCAUCUCAAUUGCCAAUGAUCGGCAAUAGUACAUUGAAUUGGAAAAAAUAUGUGUUUUUAGCUUAGAGGAGAAGUUUGAAUGUCAAGUUGUGCAAGUGAAGUUGUCAAUUUAUAUAAUUUUUUUUCAUUUAUGUUGUUCAAGUUUUGUUGAUUUUUUAUCAAUGCUGGUAUUUUUCAUUGCAAACCCUGACUACUUUAUAAUUUGUAUUUAGAACCAAACUUCUUUAGAUCAUUAAGAAUCUAUUGAUUAUGUCUAUACUGUCCUCAAACUCUGUUGAUCAAACUCUGUUUCUUACGCAAAUUUGGAUAUUUUACUGACCUGCAGUAACAUGUUAAUCAUUGUUGAAUGUUGAUGUGACAACCGUUCUCUUAGUAGUUAAGUCGAGUUUGACUCAACAUUGUGUUAUGACAGCCUUAGUUGUAUUAACAGCUUUAUGUUUACUUAAAUCAUAUAACCUAAUAUUGUAUUUUUGUUAUGUUGAAUCAUUGUAAAAAUAUUUAUUGUUGUCAAGUAAUGUUUUGUUGACUAUAAGGUGUACUUUGUCCGUAUUUUGUUUUAAAAUUAUUGUGUUAUUUUUUUCAAAUUAUUGUAGUAAAAUAAAUUAAACAUUUCUUAAAUCA